CAUUUUUCAAUAGGGUGGAGUAGAAGAAAAACUGCCAUUUAGUCCAUGAUCAUUUUCUUUCCCUAAAAGCACAAACCAGAUAGUAGCAGCCAUGGAUUCCGAUUAUGACAGAAAAGCUGAAAUCAAAGCAUUUGAUGAGACAAAAACUGGGGUCAAAGGUCUUGUAGAUUCUGGGAUAAAAAAAGUUCCUCGUAUGUUCCAUUCUGGUAUUGACAUAACUGAAAACAUAGCCACAGACUCAAAACUGAGUGUUCCUCUCAUAGACCUGCAAAACAUACACACCAACCCUGCUCUGCGAAAAGAAGCUGUCAAAAAAAUUCGCAGUGCAUGCCAGGAGUGGGGGUUUUUCCAAGUGAUCAAUCAUGGAAUUCCAAUUCCUGUUAUGGAUGAGAUGAUUGAUGGAAUCAAAAGGUUUCAUGAACAAGAUCCUGACGUAAGGAAACAGUUUUACUCUCGAGAUUUGAAGGACAAAUUUCUUUAUGUUUCCAACAACAGCCUCUACAAGGACAAAUUUGCUAACUGGAGAGAUACAGUUGGAUGUUCUGUGGCUCCCAAUCCUCCCACACCAGAGGAAUUGCCUGAAGUGCUUAGAGACAUAAUUACUGAAUAUUCGAAGGAAGCAAUGUCACUGGGUUGUACAAUUUUUGAGUUGUUGUCAGAGGCUCUUGGCCUUAAUCCAUCUUAUCUCAAAGACUUGAAUUGUGCAGACGGACUUUUCAUGCAGGGCCAUUAUUAUCCACCUUGUCCUGAACCUGAAUUAACUUUGGGCACCAGCAGUCACACUGAUUUGGCCUUCAUCACAAUACUUCUACAAGACCAACUGGGUGGUCUUCAGAUCCUUCAUGACAAUCAAUGGUUAAAUGUUCUUCCUGUGGAUGGAGGUCUUGUUGUAAACAUGGGUGAUUUUAUGCAACUAAUAACAAAUGACAAGUUUUCGAGUGUUUAUCACCGGGUCUUGUCAAACCGUGGAGGGCCAAGAGUUUCUGUAGCUGCAUUCUUUUCAAAUAAUUCACAUGAGCUAGAAAAAUCUACAACAAAGGUUUAUGGUCCAAUUAAAGAGUUAUUGUCGGAAGAAAACCCACCAAUCUAUAGGAACAGUUCCGUAGGAGAGAUCAUGGCUCACCAUUUUGCUAAGGGGCUUGAUGGGAACCAUGCUUUGAACCCUUUCAGGUUGUGAAAUGAACAGAUUUCGACCAAGAAAAUAACUUGAUGAAAUUGAAGUUCUCCAGAUUCUCAUGGAGAUGGCUGUAACGUCUUAUUUGUAGUUCCUUUCAGUGUCUUAACUUUCCAUUACAUGUUACGUUUGUAAAAGUUCUUCAUAUAGAAUAAGAUAAAUUAUGUUAGCAGUUCA